AUGUCCUUUGAAUUUAUUUUUAAUGCCUAUGACCGAGAGAUAUCAGACCGGAUUGCAAUAACCACAGUGGAACGCACUGUGGAACGCAUGGCUAUGAAAACUGCCGAAACCAGAAGUGACGUAUCGGCCGAGAAAGAGGAAACAGGAAGAGAUCAGAAUGAGGCUUGGAACGCAGGGUAUCUCCGUUACCAUGGAGAAUACCCGCGAAAAUCCAAGCAUAAACAGCUGUUUCUACAAAUGAAGAAGGGUAUUUAA